CGAAACAAUCCAGUUUAAUUCAUUUUUAACAACAACGUCGCGUGGUGGAAGUUGCAACCGUUACUCUGUCGCUCGAUUUGAAUAUAAUCGCGAUGUUCAAACCUUGUAAAAAAACUGUGAACGAAUCAAUGCCAUUGAACGAGUUGAAAAUUCCGCCGGUGUGAUUUCAGUGACUUUAACAAAAAUGAGUUCGCUCUCAGCCAUAGAGAUAAUAAAUCUCACAGACUUUACCCUCCAGAACUUCACCACAGUGUACUCCAUCAAUGAUUCAACCAACAGCUCGGGAACAAUCGAUCUCUACCCUUUCGAGAUCGUACUACCCUUCACCAUAAUCUACGUGAUCAUCUUCAUCGUCGGGGUCAUCGGAAACAUCAGCACUUGCGUGGUCAUUGCCAAAAACAAACCGAUGCAAACCGCCACCAACUACUACCUGUUCAGUCUGGCGUGUUCCGACAUGCUCCUGCUGGUGUCUGGGCUACCUCCUGAGAUGUACAGGAUCUGGUCUCCCGAUCACUAUAUCUUCGGCGAAGCCACUUGCAUGAUACAGGGCCUGACUGCAGAAACCUCAGCCAACGCCACAGUACUCACAAUCACUGCAUUUACUGUGGAGCGGUAUGUAGCCAUUUGCCACCCCUUCAUUGCACACACAUGGUCCAAACCAAGCAGAGCUGUGCGCAUCAUCAUAGCUACCUGGAUCAUUUCCUUGGGUCUGGCCAUACCCCAGGCUAUUCAAUUUGGGGUUAGCGAGGAAAUUGAGAAUGGGGUGCUCGUCAGUCAUUGCACAGUUAUCAACAAUUUUGUUGAGCAUGCUUUUGAGAUAUCAACUUUCAUUAUUUUCGUCGGACCGAUGAUUUUGAUUACCGUCCUGUACGUGCUGAUUGGGAUACAGCUGUGGAAAUCGAAGAAUAUCGGUCCUGUUAGAUCUAGGUCUUCUGUAAGGAAGGGCGAAGCUGAGGAAUUUGGGAGGAAGAGUGCCAGCGCCAAUAAUGCAGCUCAGAAAAGAGUUGUUAACAUGCUGAUUGCUGUUGUGGUGGCUUUCUUCAUCUGCUGGGCUCCCUUCCACACUCAAAGACUACUAGCAGUCUACCUCUCAACCGCCUCCGAGGAAAUUCAACAGAUGUUUUUCGAUUUUUAUCUCUACCUGAUGUACACUUCUGGAGUAUUGUACUUCGUCUCCACGUGUGUCAAUCCUGUUUUGUAUCACAUCAUGUCGAAUAAAUUCCGAAAAGCUUUCAAA